AUGAAAAGAGGAGAAAGUGCUGGAGGUGGGCAGAGUUCCUUGGGCUAUCUCUUUGGUUCCGAUGAAAACGAUAAUAACUCGAAAAACAAGCCGCCACCGCCAUCUCCAACAACUUGUCUACCGCCGUAUGGUACUGAUAUUGGCGACAACAAGCCGCCCGAGAGCCCUAAUUCCCCAUCUCCAAACAAAGGAGUCCCCGGCCGCCAAAAUUCUGGAAACUUCACCGGUCGGCCAUCGACUAGGGUUACCUCUGCACCAGGUGGAGACUCGUCUCUCGGCUACCUGUUCAGUGAUGAUAAGUCUUAA